CACCUUUAUUCCAUACAAUUCUUCAUUUUAUUAACCUUUCUUAAUUUCAUAUCCUAAUUCACAAUGGGCGCAAGUGACAAGAAGCGCAAGCUCGCCGAGGAGGCUACCUCCCCCGAAGUGAAGAAGGCUAAGCGCGAAGAUAAGAAGGAGAAGAAGGAAAAGAAGGAGAAGAAGGAGAAGAAGAAGGAGCGCAAGGUGGAGGAGGAGGUUGUUGAGGAGGUUCCUGUUGUUGAGAAGGAGGAGAAGGAGGAGAAGAAGAAGGACAAGAAGGAAAAGAAGGAGAAGAAGGAGAAGAAGGACAAGAAGGAAAAGAAGGAGAAAAAGUCCGAGCCCGAGCCCGAAGCCAUGGACGUCGACGAGACACCUGCCGAGAAAGAGCCCGAGGCUGAGGCUGAGCCCGAGGUGACCAAGGAAGAGAAGAAGGAAAAGAAGGAAAAGAAGGACAAGAAGGACAAGAAGGAAAAGAAGGACAAAAAGGACAAGAAAUCCAAGAAGGAGAAGAAGCAGGAAGAAACGAAUACCGAGGCGCAGCCCACCAACGGCGAGACCGAAGAAGCUGCUGAGCAGGAAGGUCAGAAUAAGAAGAAUGCGCGGUUUAUCUGCUUCGUCGGAAACCUCCCCUACUCCGCCGACAAAGAGUCCCUGACCAAGCACUUCGAGAAGAUCACGCCCGUUUCCGUCCGCGUAGCCACCCAAGUCGACAAGCCGACCAAGUGCCGCGGCUUCGGCUUCAUCGAGUUCGACAACUACGACCGCAUGAAGACCUGUCUGAAGCUGUACCAUCACUCCAUGUUCAACGAUGGAAAGUACCCGCCGCGACGGAUCAAUGUUGAGUUGACUGCCGGCGGCGGCGGCAACUCCAAGGACCGGAAAGAGAAGAUCGAAGCCAAGAACAAGAAGCUUUUCGAGGAGAGACAGCGCAACGCCAAGGAAAUCCAGAAGGAGAAGCAGCGGUUAGAGAAGGUCGAGGAGACGGGUGUGGAUGACUAUGCUCAUAUUCAUCCUAGUCGGAGGCCCCGGAUGGCUUAGACUGCUGCUAUUGUUGUUUGAACACAUUGGAUUGAUUAAAAAGUAUCUUGUGAUUUGGCUUGUUUGCUUAAGAGAUAUCCUCUUCCGUUUACUCUUCCUGUUUCUGAUGUGCAUAUUUUGGAUGAUGAUGGUGAAGAAGUCAGGCACGGAAUAUAAC